ACGUAUGUUUGUAUAAGAAAUGGUCUUGUAGAUCAUUUGAUUGGAUAUCUGAAAUGUCAUCAGAUGUUGAAGAGGUUAUGUCGAAAAUGUUUACCUAAAAACCUAAAUAAAAUAAUGGAAAAAACCUAGAACUUAUAAAAACCCGUCAAAUGCGUUCAUCAGUUAGUUACAUCCUUUCGAGUACAACAUCAGAACCAAACAUGUCGCAUCCCGAUUAUGAUCAAUACUCACACGAUCAUGCCUCUCUGUUAAUACUAGUGAAGCAAAUAGGUCCAUACUUAAAGAUGAAAACGUUUAAUAAAUUUUACGAUCGUAUAACUCGGCUAGGUAACGUUAAGAUAACCGAUUCGACCGGUCAAGUUCGUAACAUCUUGGUACGUUACGUCAAGGAGCAUCCUGUUGAAAAUAACGACUGGGGCGAUUUUCAAACGCACCGUCGCUUGCUGGGAUUGGUGUCGCUGGGCAAGUACGACUCGCAACAGGAGCUAAACGAAAUUUGUCGUGUUCACGAAAGCUUGAAAGUGAAGUACACCAGCACGUUGUACGAUUCGAGAUGCAUACUGUUUGGAAUUACGGAUGAAAGAGAAUAUCCGCCGAGUGAUAACAGUAGCCCUGAAGAGGAAAGUGUGAAGAGUGUGCAGGAAGAUAACACGAGUUCACCUGAGGAGGGUGCUACAGUUCGAGAAAAGUUUACAACCCCCACGAAUUUUAAGACGAGAGCGCUAUUUUAUAAUGAAUCAGAUCCGUGUACCGAUUUAGAGAAUCAGUUGACCGAAUUUAUUAACUCUCUGUUUUGGGUGUUGGAGUCGAAACGAUUGGAACGGUCGAGGGAGAAGUUGGAGCGGGUGUCGUUGUUGUUAGCCCCCUUCGAGAAGAAAGAUUUUGUUGGUUUAGAUAUGGAUUCGCGUAAUAAUAAAAAACGUUGCACAGGUCGCAUGACUAAACAUUUGGGCGAUCUGUGUCUACAGGCUGGUCUGCUAGCCGAAAGCAUUGCGUAUUACCAUAGUGCUGCUGAGACUUUAAAGUCGGUCAACGAUUGGUUAUGGUUGGGGGCCGCCUUUGAGGGGCUUUGUGCCGCAUCUGCUUUAGUAUUAUACCCCAAUAUACAGCGCACUGUUUCGCUGCAUCGAAAUGCAAGUCUACAAGAAGGCUCGCCUAAGCGUUCCAACUCGAUUACCACAACGGUCGGAAUUGUCAGACGUGACAUUGUCAACAUGCUUCCCCCGGACGAAAUUUCUAAAAAGUACCGGGAAGCAAUCAUCCAUUACAGCAAAUACCAAAAUGCGGGCAUCGUCGAGACCGAGGCCAGUUUCAAGGCGGCGCGAAUAUCGGUCGAACAGAGCCACUCGUUGCAGGCGGCCAGCUUUCUGCAGAACGUCGUUUUCAUUAACCUAACACUGUCCGAGCAGGAGAAGAUACAGAGAUUUGAAAAGUUGUCGGAUUUAUACUUGCAAAUCGGGUUUACGAGGAAGGCGGCGUUUUGUCAAAGAUUGGCCGCCACCAGGCACGUUUCCCCGCAAAAUCCGACGCCGAACUGGAACAAAUGUUACACUUUGAUAUUGCAAAGUUUUCCCGGUCACAAAAUCACAUUGGAUCCUACGGAAAUGUGUCACGAUAAUCAACAAAGUGGUUGGCCGGCUCUACAAAUCCAACUCCUUCAAGAACUUGUGGUUGCCGCAAAACGUAUGGGCCAUUCCGCUCUAGCAACCAGACACAUGACAUUCCUCUUACAAACCAUGUGGGAACACCUAUCGGCUUCGGAACAGAAAGAAUUAGCAAUCCAAUUACAGUCGCUAUCGUCACAGUGCGAGGGCGCACCGGUACCGUUAGUAUUAGACAGCGGAAUAGUAAUUCCGCCGGCGAAUUUAAGCAACGUGCCCGUCUGCUUAGGUUUCGGUCUACGAAAUUUACAGCCGCACCUGCAGCCUCGCAAAAUUGAAACGUUCAAGCAGGAUAUUGGACCGUUUCUAUUUACGCCUAUUAAAUUCGGCACGCUCGAGCGUACGAGUAAUAAGCCACAAAGUAAAAUGGGUAAGUAAGUGAAUACAAACACACAUGGACUCGCUCUAUUGAGUGUUUAAAAUAGUAGAUUUUCUAGGAGACAGGUUUUUUUAUUAUGACAUAUGAGCUUGGAUUUAAGUAAACAUUAGGACACCCGAACCCACAAUUCAUGUACUAAAUGGUGGGCCCCACUCAGCUGCGAAAAUUUUCAUAUGUACUGCUUCACGUGAAUAAAUCUCUAGUAGCUUUAAUAGCGACAGCCAGACGGCUUUGGGUAGCGCAGGCUGCGAUAAAAACAGACGUGAGUCGUCAAAUUUGCGUUGGUUCCGUUUCGGGUUUUUACGUUUUAGCAACGAUUAGAGAUAAGAAUUGUUUCGGUUGUUGGAAGAGCGUGGCGGAAGCGGCCGAAGGGUUGCGGGCGCUAACAAAAGUCAAGAAAGUUAAGGGUCGGCAAUAUAAAUA